CAACCAUCACCAUGUGAAGAUUAACAUUUCCUCGCUGCAUCACGCACGCUAUACUACCACUUUUCAUACCUUAGAGAGCAUCACCAUGUCGCUCUCGUUCGGACUCAAUACCAAAUCAAAGGCUCCGGCCUCGCCGCCAAAGACCAAGAGGCGCCCCGUCGCUAUGAAUGUGCUGGGUGACGACUCGGACGACGAUGCUCCUGCAGCAGCAGCCCCAAAGUCAAAUGUCUUCGAGGAGGAGCUCACCGAAUUCGAUUCCUCGAAGCCUUCGCGACAAUCCGCGCCCGUCCCGGCACUCAAGAAAGCUCCGAGCAAGCUAAAACCUGGCUCUGUACCGACGAAACCUCCGACAAGGAAACCUCAGGGCAGAGACCCAGACGAAUAUGGCGACCUCUCAGCCCAACGCGAAAGCGCAGCCUACGCAGCGAAAGCUACAGAACUAGACUCUACCAUCUACGACUACGACUCUUUUCACUCGGCCGCAACUCAUGCAGCCUCUGCCCGCAAGGCAGCCGCCAAGCAAGAAUCGGUUGCCCAAGGUCCAAAAUACAUGAAUGCGCUUCUCACAGCAGCUGCGCAACGAAAACAAGACCAGCAAGUCGCCCGCGAAAAAUUCUUGCAGAAAGAACGUGAAAACGAGGGUGAAGAGUUCGCAGAUAAGGAAAGUUUCGUCACCGGAGCGUACAAAGCACAACAAGAAGAAAAUCAGCGGCUUCGCGAGGAAGAAGAGAAAAAGGCAGCUGAAGAGGAGGAGAGGAAAAGAAAGAUGGGUGGAGGUAUGCAAGGUUUCUAUCGUAAUGUCAUGGCAGACAGCGAUCGUAGACAUCAGGAAGCCAUGGAGGCAGCCGCCGAAAUGGAGAAGCGAAAACUUGCUGGCGACAACGUUGCAGAGGAUCCAGAGGCCAAGGAGGAGAAAGACAAGAUUGCAGAGAUGGCGGCAAAGGGCGUCAAUGUCACAUUGAACGACGAAGGUCAGGUGGCGGAUAAACGCCAACUUCUGUCCGCUGGUCUGAACGUCCUGGCCUCUCCAGCUCCACCACCGAAACCAUCUGCUACCAUCCAAAAACAAGACGACACCGCUCAAUGGAACAAGAGACGCGACAAUGGUGUUCGCGAACGUCAAACUCGCAUGAUGGAGCAACAACUCGAAGAAAGCAGAAAACGUGCCUUGGAACAAGACAAAGAAGAACAAGAGCGCUUGGAAAAGGCUAGUAAGAGUAAAAAGACUGAUACAGAUAUCAGUAGUGCGAGAGAGAGAUUCUUGGCCAGAAAGAGAGAGAAAGAAGAGGCUGCGAAGAAAAAGGCUGGCUAGAUUUCCAUUUCUGAUUGACGUGAUUUGGAGACAUACCAAAACAUAAUCAUCAACGUCUGUGCACUUCUUGAUCUCGCUCCACCUGUCGUCCACCAUGUGGGUUAGUCGCUAUUUCAGAUACUGCAGUCCUCUCUCCGUUGACUGUUUGGCUACUUGGGCAAUUAUAUUUGCCGUCGUCAUCUUGCCAAAAUACAUGGACACAAGUAUCUGCACGAAUCCUUGCG